GGGAGCUCGGGAGGAGGAGCAGACGAGAGGCUGACCGGCUUCAUUUGGAGUCGGAGCCUGGCUGUUGCUCAGGUGACCAGUGUCUCUCUCAGAGGGUGCUGCCAACGGGCCUGGCCACGAUGAUCCAGAAUGUCGGAAAUCACCUGCGAAGGGGCAUCGCCUCUGUAUUCUCGAACCGCACAUCCCGGAAGUCCUCCUCUCGCGCGGAGACCGCCGGGGCCAUGGGGGACGGCGGGGGGUACAGGAACCCCACGGAGGUGCAGAUGAGCCAGCUGGUGUUGCCUUGCCACACCAACCAGCGUGGCGAGCUGAGUGUCGGGCAGCUGCUCAAAUGGAUCGACACCACCGCCUGCCUGUCCGCCGAGAGGCACGCUGGCUGCCCGUGCGUCACAGCUUCCAUGGACGAUAUCUAUUUUGAGCACACCAUUAGUGUCGGACAAGUGGUGAAUAUCAAGGCCAAGGUGAACCGGGCCUUCAACUCCAGCAUGGAGGUGGGCAUCCAGGUGGCCUCUGAGGACCUGUGUUCUGAGAAGCAAUGGACCGUGUGCAAGGCCUUGGCCACCUUUGUGGCCCACCGGGAGCUCUCCAAGGUGAAGCUGAAGCAGACUACGCCACGCACAGAGGAGGAGAAAACAGAGCACAGUGUGGCUGCCGAGCGCCGGCGCAUGCGGCUGCUGUACGCGGACACCAUGAAGGACCUUCUGGCCAACUGCGUCAUUCAGGACGAUCUGGAGAGCAGAGACUGCAGCUGCAUGGUACCGGCCGAGAAAACCCGUGUGGAAAGCGUGGAGCUGGUCCUGCCCCCCCAUGCCAAUCACCAAGGCAAUACCUUUGGGGGCCAGAUCAUGGCCUGGAUGGAGAACGUGGCCACCAUCGCAGCCAGCCGGCUGUGCCGUGCCCACCCUACGUUGAAGGCCAUUGAGAUGUUCCACUUCCGGGGCCCCUCCCAGGUUGGGGACCGCCUGGUGCUCAAGGCCAUCGUGAACAACGCCUUCAAGCAUAGCAUGGAGGUGGGCGUGUGCGUGGAGGCUUACCGCCAGGAGGCUGAGAGCCAUCGGCGGCACAUCAACAGUGCCUUCAUGACCUUCGUGGUCCUGGACGCGGAUGACCAGCCUCGGACACUGCCCUGGAUUCGGCCCCAGCCGGGGGAUGGCGAGCGGCGCUAUCGAGAGGCUAGUGCCAGGAAGAAGAUCCGGCUGGACAGGAAGUACAUCGUAUCCUGUAAACAGGCAGAAAUGCCCCUCUCUGUCCCCUGGGACCCUAGCAACCAGGUCUACCUGAGCUACAACAAUGUCUCCUCCCUGAAGAUGCUGGUGGCCAAGGACAACUGGGUGCUGUCUUCCGAGAUCAACCAGGUCCGCCUGUACACUCUGGAGGAAGACAAGUUCCUGUCCUUCCACAUGGAGAUGUUGGUGCAUGUGGAUGCCACCCAGGCCUUCCUGCUGCUCUCAGACCUGCUUCGGAGGCCGGAGUGGGACAAGCACUACCGGAGCGUGGAGCUCGUGCAGCAGGUGGACGAGGACGACGCCAUCUACCAUGUUAUCAGCCCUGUCCUCGGCGGCGAUGCCAAGCCCCAGGACUUUGUGAUCCUGGCCUCCCGGCGGAAGCCUUGUGACCAUGGGGACCCCUACGUCAUCGCGCUGAGGUCAGUUACACUGCCCACACACCCUGAGACGCCAGCAUACAGGCGCGGGGAGACCCUCUGCUCCGGCUUCUGCUUCUGGCGAGAGGGGGACCAGCUGACUAAGGUGUCCUACUACAACCAGGCUACCCCAGGCUUUCUCAACUAUGUGACCACCAACGUGGCUGGUCUUUCCUCGGAGUUCUAUACCACCUUCAAGGCCUGUGAGCAGUUCCUGUUGGACAACCGGAGUGAUCUGGCCCCCAGCCUCCAGACCCUCUAGCCCCGCCCCCACAGUGGCCACCACAUGCCCACUCCCCCUCCAUCCUGCUGCCCCUAGGGACACAUUGGCAGUGCAUCGAGGAAGACAGGAGCAUUUAUUCCUUGCUGCCUCUGCCGAAGCCUGGACCCAGGCGUCCGCCGGCCCAGACCCCGCAGGCGCUCAGUUCCUGCCAACGUCCGCCAGCAAGUCUUCGCGGUCCCUCUGAGGCAGCCUGUAGUAGACUCGGGUCCUGUCCACAGCCCUGGCAGCCAGCAGCACCUCCCGCACUGGUGCAUAGCCGCCCCCCUCAGAGCUGUGCUCCACUGUGACAGUGGCCUGGGGCGAGGCUGCCAGCAGCCUGGCCACUACCCCAGCCGUGUCCCGGCCCAGUAGCCCAGCCUGCAGCUGGAAGGACACAGGCUGCCAGAGACCCUGGCACAGGCCCAGCAUAUCUGCAAGCAGCUGUUCCCUGUAGCCACUGCCCAGCGCCUCCUCAGGCCAGCCUGGUGCCACUGUCACGUGGGGGAACACCUCUGCCACGGCUGUCAGCAGCUCCCUGCCGGCCACGUGGCCAGGGACCACAAAGCUGCCGUGGGAGACUGUGGCCCCAAUCCACACAGGCCACAGCAGGUGGCCACGGGCAGAAAGGUGGGCCAGUGUGGCCAGGGCCGGCCGGAGGGCCAAAGGCUCGGCUAUGUGCAGGUAGAUACCCCAGCGCCCAGGCCGCCCAGCGAGUUGCAACAGGCAGGACUCCAGCGUCAGGACAGGACCUCCUGGGGCACGCACCAUGGCCACGGUGUCCUUGGCUUCAGGCUCCUGGAGGCCAAUGUUUAGCAGGAUCAUGCCUUCUCUGUCUGAAAGGGGGUGGUGGAGGCCACAGUGUCAGGAGUUGGGGUGAUAGGGGAUAUCCAGGGGUGGUAAUGGGGGCAGCCAAGGAGAAGCUGGUGCCCUAUCCACUGAGAUCUGUCGAUGAUGGUCUGGGCUCUAAGCGGAAGGCUGCUUUAUAAAUGUGCCCGGGACUCAUCAGAAUGACAUGAUCGGCAGCUAGCUCGGCUCUGGACCUUUGACUGGGACUCAGUCCUGAGGCCGUGGCCUGCCUCUUCCACAGCAGAUAGAGCUCAGGACUCAAGGGCACUGAAGGUUAGGGCCCCAGGCUCUCCACCAUGGCAUCUAGCACACUGCCAAAGUAACAGAGGCCCUAGAUCCCUGCCCCAUACAAAGGACCCCCCCCCCCCCCCCCCCCCGCCACCCAGCUGCUGAGUUUAGCUAGGAGCUACAGGGGCUCAGGGGCUGAAGGCAGGCCUUACCUGGGACGCUGACUGUUGCUGUUCUCCCGUUGCCCUGGAGGUCAGGAACCAGCCACUCCACACUCAGACCGUCCCCGCCAGGGGGCUGGAGGAGAGGGAUCAGGCUGCCUCCCGUGUAGUAAAUUCGCUUCCAUGUGGCAUUCGCUGCAGGGCCCAAAUCGUCAAGAUGAAAGGGCCACUGUUCCCAGAGCACCUUCUCUGCACCCUAUGUCUACACACAUUUUCUCCCUGCCUCAAGGCACCCCACCAGGCACAAGUCCUACCAUCAGAGAUUACGAGGAGGGGCUGGUGCAAGGUCCCACAGCCAAACAACAGAGUUACUGGGGUUGGAGCCUGAUGGAGCCAAGUCUGCCCAGCCCCAAAGAUGGAACUCCCUGUCCCUGCACCAACAUGGGUCCCAUGUUGAGUCUUUUGGGUUCCCUGGGAGACAGCUUAAAUGGAGGCUCUCCUAGGCCCAGGAUCAAGGGAGUAAGGGGUUUGGACAAGUUAACAGGUAGCAUCUGGGUCACUGAUUAGUAGGUACAUUGGUGCAGAGGGGACAGGCUCUGAGAAACUAUGCUGUAAGGGAAAGUACAUGGGGUUUGGGAUUUGCUGGGUUCCAAUCUAGGCUGUGCUGUGUACAGCAAAUGACUUGGUGCAGAUUACUUAAGUGGUCUGAAGGUCAGUUUCUCUUUAGAAUGGAAUCACUGCUUCCUGGAUAUCUGAGGCUGACACAGCACACCAUACCCAUGUUUGGCCUUCAAUAUGUGCUUAGAGUCCACCCAGAAUUUUCCCUUCUCUAGCUCUGCUCUACUGUCCACCAAAUGCCGUCCUAUGCAAAAUUCAGGCCCCCUACCCUCCCUGGCUGCUCCCCGCCCCUCCCUACCGGCCAGCUGCUUGAACUGCGACAGGAUAGGCUCAAAGAGGUCAUAGUAGACUUGGUCCGGGGCGGUGUUGUCUCGGAUGUAGAGGAGAUCAUCCACUGACAGGGGGUCCGAGGCACUCUGCCACAGCGUCAGGCUGUACCUGGGGCCCAGAGAGCCAGCUCAGCUCCUGCCUGGGCCCAGCAAGGGCCUCAUCCUCGCUGCGCAGGGAUGAUCAAGUAGCUGGCCUCCAGCUUCCCACCAGCCCCUCCUCCCUGAGAAUUACUCCUGCCUUCCCAGGGGCAGAAUUCAUCACAGAGGCUUCAGGAAGGAAGAGAGAAAGAUCAAGCAGGAGGGGCUGCCCCAUCCUGCCUCCUCCUUGGGAGUGUCUAUUUCUGGUCCUGUCUUGGAACGGGACAAGGAUAGAAAGGGAUGGGUACACGCUGUGGGGGAGAACAGGUGUGGAGGGGGAAGGAGACAGCUCUGGAACUCCUGUGGGAGGUGGCCGAGGAAGGUGGGACUAGGCAGCUGGGUGCAGACCACACGAGUACAUAUAGGAGUCCCUCAAUCCCUAGAGGAUGAUCCUGGGCACAGCCGGCUCCCAGGAAGGAAGACUUGCCACCAGGUCAAGCUAUCGACCAAUGGACUGGCUGCUUCGGAUGAUAGUGAGAAGCCCAUCACCAGAGGUACACAAGCAGAGAGCAGGGCUGCUGCAGAGGAUGUGAACACCAGUGGGUUAUUGGACAGAUGUGGUUAAGAGGGUGGGAUCUCCCUAGGGAGCACUGGUGCCCGGGAGCAGGUUUGGAAGAUCAGGGGCUGUGGCAGGGGCCUGGGAGUUUUCACCUCUUGGAUUGGCCCAGCAGCCAGCUGAAGUGGGGCCAGGCUGCCCGUACCAUGACAGCCCGCACAGGGAAAGUGACCCUCUGUGGCAGUGCGCCCACCAGUUCCUGCAUCCUCUCCACCAUGGCUCGGGUGUAUGUCAUGUUCGGGAACGUGGACAUGGGCACAUAGAAGGUGGUCCAGCCCGGAGACAGAGUGGCCUCAGGAUACUUCUCCUGGACCAAAGCCAAGAACCUGCAGAAAAUCAGAGACACUGGUCUUUGAGAGCCUUGCUGGCCCCUUCCUCAUCUCCUGGGUUCCCAUCACUGGGCUAGGAAGUGGAAGUCCUAUGGAAUGUAGAGUGUAAGGACAGAAGCAGAGUCCUGAAGAACAGAAGUGACUUAUUCAGGCAUGGACUUUGGAGUCAGGGGGUUCUGGGUUCAGGUCCUGACUCUAUAACCUUGGGUAGCUCAUUCAACCUCUUUUAGUCUCAAAGAUGUUACCCCUUCUGGUAGGGCUGGGCCCCUUCAGCAUCCCCAGCUGGACAAGGGGAGAUAAGCCAGAGCUCCAGAUGUGGGGAUCUAGACUCUGCUACUUGUCUCUGAAGCUUCAGGUUUUAUUUUUAAAUCCCAUGUAAAUUUUUCCCUGGCAGGAAUUUUAAUGGAGCAAUAAUGUUACCCUCUCCUCCCCAAACUAUCAAGUAAAAUCAACACUCCAAGAAGAUGAGCCAUUAUUUAUCCUGGGCCUCGGACUACAUUUUUCCAACUGCUGCUUUCCAAAUGCACCUCAGUUUGAGAAUCAUAAAAGUACUGGAUGGAUGGAUGGAUGGAUGUUUGGCUGGCUUUCUGGAUGGAUGGACAGAUGGAGAGAUGGAUGACUGGAAUCAGAAAGGACUGGCUUAGAAUCCUUGCUCUCCAUUUUUAGACCUAGGCCACUCUUAACUUCGAUGCGAUAGUUCCUGUGUUAAUAAAAUGAAAAUAAUAGUACCUACCUCAUUCUCUUGAUAACUAAAGUACUUUUUGGAAACAGUGCCUGGGCACAUAAUAAACAUUCAACAAACUGAGUCUCAA